AUAAAAUUACGUUUAGCAUUUUUGAGUUGCAGAACAGUAGCUGUAAGCAGAGAAAGAAAUUAACUUACAAUGGCAAUCUCUUCUCCAUCAUCACUCAGAUUACUGUAUUCAUCCCUCACGCGCCACCCCUUCACUCGUUACUUCUCCUCAAACUUCGGCCCUCCUCCUCCAUUCUCUCCCCGGAGAGUCGUCAUCACCGGCUUAGGAAUGGUAACUCCACUCGGGUGCGGAGUUGAGACUACAUGGAAGCAGUUAAUUGAGGGGAAAUGUGGAGUUAGAGCAGUCACAGUUGAUGAUCUCAAAAUGAAUAAUUUUGACCAAGAUACUCAAUUGUAUACAUUCAAUCAGUUAACCUCUAAAGUUGCUGCCUUUGUGCCUUGUGGAACUCAGCCUGGUGAAUUUAAUGAGGAAAUAUGGCUCAAUUCUAAGGAGCAUAGGUCGAUUUCCAGGUUUAUAGGGUAUGCAUUGUGUGCUGCUGAUGAAGCUUUGAAAGAUGCAAAUUGGAUGCCUACUGAGCAGGAAGAGAAGGAAAGAACGGGUGUCUCUAUUGGUGGGGGAAUUGGAAGUAUCAGCGAUAUAUUGGAUGCUUCGCAAAUGAUUUGCGACAAGAAACUUCGCCGGCUUAGUCCAUUUUUUAUACCAAGGAUAUUGAUCAACAUGGCGUCUGGUCACGUGAGCAUGAAAUAUGGUUUCCAGGGGCCUAAUCAUUCUGCUGUCACUGCUUGUGCUACUGGUGCACAUUCCAUUGGUGAUGCUACGAGGAUGAUUCAAUUUGGAGAUUCCGAUGUUAUGGUCGCUGGAGGGACAGAGUCUAGCAUAGAUGCUCUGUCAAUAGCAGGAUUUUGCAGGUCAAGGGCUUUGACCACAAAAUACAAUUCUACUCCUUUAGAAGCUUCUCGACCUUUUGAUUGUGACCGAGAUGGAUUUGUCAUUGGUGAAGGUUCUGGCGUCCUUGUAUUAGAAGAACUUGAGCAUGCAAGGAAACGAGGAGCCAAAGUAUAUGCCGAAGUUCGUGGCUAUGGGAUGUCAGGUGAUGCAUAUCACAUUACUCAACCACAUACUGAUGGCAGAGGAGCUAUUUUAGCCAUGACGCGUGCCCUAAAACAGUCUGGUCUUCAUCCCAAUCAAAUCGACUACGUAAAUGCCCAUGCUACGUCUACACCUUUGGGUGAUGCAAUAGAAGCUGGUGCCAUUAAAACCGUAUUCGCUGAACAUGCAACAUCAGGAGCUUUGGCAUUGUCUUCCACAAAGGGUGCCGUUGGCCAUCUCCUGGGAGCAGCUGGGGCCGUUGAAGCAAUUUUCUCAGUUUUAGCCAUUAAACAUGGAAUCGCACCAUUGACACUUAACCUCACUAAACCAGAUCCCAUAUUCGAAGACAAGUUUAUGCCAUUAACUGCUUCAAAGGAGAUGCCAAUAAGAGGGGCCUUGUCAAAUUCUUUCGGCUUUGGAGGAACAAAUGCAUGUUUGUUGGUCACCGGCACCGCUGCCUCGUAGAGCACACAGCAUGAACUGCUUCUUUGCUCCGACAUGAAAUUGUAGGCGUUUUGCGUCGAACUGGUGGUUGAUUUUACGACAUCUACUGUCUGUAGCCAGUGCAAUGACAUGAUGGUCGUAAAGGACGAUUUUGUACGAAUGUAACAAUCCGGCAUCAUGUUAGAACUGCGGAUAAAGAUCAGUCGGUUUUUAGGUUUUGAUUGAUGACAAUUUUGUCUUAUAGGCAGAGUUUCCAAAACCUUGUGUAAACCAAAGAUCAUGUAACAGAAUCCAUCUUUCUUUUUUUGCCGGCUUAGUACAGUAUCUAUGCAAAUCGUGCAAAAUUUAUUCA